CGGGCCGGGAGACGCUACCGGGUGGACCGUGGGGAAGAUGGCGGCUGCCGUGGCGGGCCCACGUGGAUGCGGCGCUGCGGCGGGCGAGGAGGCGGACAGCGAUUCUGAGUUAAGCUCAGGACUUCCAGAAGACAGCUACUCUUCAGGAGGUGAAGCCCUGGAUGGUGAUGAUGAAGAUGAAACAGCAGCCCUUGGUGAUGUGGUUGAAAAGGCAGCAAGCUCCAAAGCUGGCCCAGGUGCAGGCUGGGCAGAUGCCAUGGCAAAAGUGCUCAACAAAAAGAUUCCGCAAAAUAAGUCCACCAUCUUGGCCAAGAAUAAAAAACUGGAGGAGGAGAGAGAAAAGGAAAAACGAGAAAGGCUGGAGAAGAGAAUGAAGCUUGAUAAAAAGCGGGAGUGGGAAAUGAUGUGCCGAGUGAAGCCAGAUGUUGUCAAAGACCGAGACAGAGAAAGAAAUCUUCAGAGAAUUGCCACGAGAGGUGUUGUACAAUUAUUUAAUGCUGUCAGGACACACCAAAAGAAUGUUGAUGAGAAGGUGAAGAAAGCUGGGAGCUCUGACAGGCAGCGUGCUAAACUACUGUCAUCUGUGUCAAAGAAAGAUUUCAUCAGUGUUUUAAGAAACAUGGAGGGUGCUAAAGGAAGGAAGAAUCCUGCUGGAAAGGCCACAAAAAGUAAACAGGGUGAAGUGAAGUCUGAGGAGGGGCCAGAAUGGAAUAUACUGCGUGAUGACUUCAUGAUGGGAGCAUCUAUGAAAGACUGGGACAAGGAAAGUGAUGGAGAAGGCAAUACUGAACAAGGAGGUGGUCUGAAACAAGAAGAUGACAGUGACUGAAUGAAAGUUAAAACCAUUCAAGAUAAUGUUUUAUCUUCUUAACUUUGUUUGGAUAAAAAGUCAGCAUUCUGUGAAUGUACAACACUUGGAGGAUCUCUCUCUUUUUUUUUUUUUUUUUUUUUGAAAGACUUGCACAACUUCGGAGUGUUUUCUCCUCCAUGUCAAACUUUUAUUAAAUAUAGCUUCAUUUGCUAUAUUGAAAUACUGAAAUAUUUUCCAAAUCGUGUAUAAUUUUCAACAUAUUUCCAAAACAUUUUGUACAGUCAAAAUAGUGGCACCUGCCCAAUGAAAGAAAGAUUUUGCCAAGGUCAUUAAAAGUUUAUACAUUAGUCAUGGCAAUUGAUGUAUUAAUGUGCCUGCAUUUCCAAAUCAGUGUUGCACUUUGAAAAGUUGUUAGCGAUUCGCAGUAGAAAUGGCUUACAAUAAACACAGAAAUGCCGUCACCUUGUAAAGUUAUCGGACUCCUAUAGAGUCUUUACUACUUUGGCCAGAAAAGGUUUUGUAGAUAAUAAAGAAAAGUAACCAUUAAUGUGAUAGUUCUGGUCUUGGAGGAUUAGUUUGAUUGGAGACAACUUUGGAAACAUAACUGUAAAAAGAGAGACUUGACCCUACUGAUUGGCUUUUAUAUUUUUUUUAUAUAUAUAUGUACAUAUGUAUUUCUUCUGCAGUGCAAGUCUUAAAUUGUAUAAGUUAAGAUACUGGUAAGAGAGAAAAGGACAGUCAUUGCUAUUGUUUUUGUUGGGGGAGGGAGGGCUUUUCUAGCAAUACCGUGUAAAAUUAUAUGCAGUGUUGCUUCAUUUGCAGUUCUGGUGUUCUGGCCUUUUUCAGUAAGGAGCCGGACCUCUGAGAUACAUCCUGUGGGUUUAGUCAGCUAUAAUGCUAAUUCCUCAGGUCUGUAAAGGGUCAGACAAAAGCCUUUCCUCUUAGGUGCGUACUGGAACAGUACCAAAUUUUGGAAGAUGUCUGUCAGCAUAACACUAUUGGCUUUGUUUAAGCUACAGCAAUUUCUCCUAAUUAGUUGUUUGGUUGCAAAGGUGCAGAAGCUAACAUACGUGGUAAGAAUAUUUUCUGUAUAAGCAUAUGCAUACAGAAGGAAGUACAUUGUGAUUAAGGUGUUCUAAAUGAGAGGCUGGGGCUGAAUUCUGCUUCCUUCACUGUUCCAGACUGGCUGUCUAAUACUGUGUCAUUUGUUUAACUUUGCUAUUGCAUUUACCCAUUUGCUAUGUGAAGAAAAUUCUUUGGGGCCUAUUAAUUGAAACUUAAAAUACGUAGUACUAUUCUGUCUUACGUACAAACCUUUCUUUGUAUCUGCUUAUACGCAAGAUAGGAUUAGGAGCGACUUUCAGAUUUUCAGUCUUCAGCAUUGAAAUGUGUGGUAGGACAGUGGAUUCAGAUUUUUGUAACGAAGGCAUUGAGGAGGCGAGGGGGUUUGAACUUUGUGUAUGCUGCAGGAUAAAAAAUACACAUACAAAAUGGCAGAGAAACCCAUCCUAACAACUGGCAAUGGUUGUGUUAUCCCUAGCCUAUUCAUCUGGUAUAUAUUGCAGCAUAAUUCUUUGAGGAGAACUCAAAGCUAACAGCAGAAAUGUUUAGACUUUCAAGCUGUUUUGAGUGUUAAACAUAUUAGGUAUCUGAGGAGACAUUAGUUUGUGGCCUGAUAUUUAUUAUCACAAACGAAGGCAUACACCCAAAAUAUCAAGUGGCAAAACCACAGAAGUUUGACAUAUGGUUAUCCCGGCUUCUGAAGGCUAGACAUCUGUAUAGCUGUUCAGUGAGAGUUGGCAUCUCAUUAGUGCAGUACAAAAAUAUACUGCAAUGAAUUUUCAGUCUAUAAAGCAGCGUAGUAGUCUAAUCUGACAUAGCUUGCUUUCUACAGAGUUCAGUUACUUUGUGUGGAAAAAUUAUAUCAGCACCCUUAAAUCUGUAGUUGUUCUUGAGUUUGAUAUCAUCGGUCUCUGUCUGAGAUCAAACUUUUGGAAAAGUUUUUCUUAGGAACUAUGACAUAUUGAGGUGAUUAUUAAAAAUUUCAAAAUCCUUUCAGAA